AUGCUCCAUGGAAGACGAAGAACAGCAUCACAUAGCAAACCCCUUUUUCGAAAUCCACUUAUUCGAAGCAAAACCACAAUUAUUCGACCCAAUACUUCAAAAUCAAAACUGGGCACCUUCCUCCUCGUUGCUUCCAUUGUAAAAUCCCUCUCCGAGCCCGGGGGUACUCGUAACCUUAACAAUGAAGAAUCGAGUUUGAUUUCACUCUCUGAGCCACUCGUUCUUCAAAUCCUCAGAAGAAGCUCUCUUGAUGUAUCCAAAAAGAUUGAUUUUUUCAAGUGGUGUUCUCUCAGACAUAACUACAAACACUCGGCGGGCACUUACUCUCAGGUACUCCAAACCCUCUGUAUAAACCCCGUGAUACAUAAAAAUGACAUCUUUGAGUUUCUUGCCUCCAUGAAUCGAGAAGGCGUGGUUCUUGAUUCGUCAACAUUCAAAUUCCUCCUCGAUUCUUUCAUAAAGUCUGGUAAUUUCGAUUCUGCUCUCGAAAUACUGGAUCACGCGGAGAAUAUAUUGGAUAGAUUAAACCCCGAUGUUUACAACUCUGUUCUCAUUGCCCUUAUCCGUAGUAAUCACCUAACCAUGGCUCUAUUUACAUUCUUUAAGCUCUUGGAUUCCAUCACAGAUGAAAACAAGAAUUCUAUGGAUGCUGCGACUUGUAAUGAGCUGCUUGUAGCCUUAAGAAAGGCAGAUACUAGAGCAGAAUUCAGAAAUGCUUUCGAUAAGUUAAGGGAAAAGAAGAAUUUCCCUAUGGACGUGAGGGGUUAUAAUAUAUGUAUUCAUGGGUUUGGUAAUUGGGGAGAAUUGGAAUCAUCAUUGAAUCUUUUCAAGGAGAUGAAAGAAAAGAGCUUGUUUGCUCCUGAUUUGUGCACUUACAACAGUCUAAUUCAAGCUCUCUGCUUCAAUGGAAAAGUGAAUGAUGCUCUUAUUGUUUUUCAAGAAUUGAAAACAUCAGGACAUGAGCCAGAUCCCUUCACUUAUCGUAUAAUCAUGCAAGGCUGCUGUAAAUGUUACAAGAUAAAUGAUGCCACAAAGAUCUUUACUGAAAUGCAGCAUAACGGGUUUCUUCCAGAUACAAUUAUAUACAACUCUCUCCUUGAUGGGUUUCUGAAAUCAAGAAAACUUACAGACGCAUGCCAACUGUUCGAUAAAAUGUCUGAUGAUGGAGUUAGGGCUUCUUCCUGCACAUACAAUAUAUUGAUUGAUGGGUUGUUUAAAAACAGAAGAGGUCAAGCUGCAUACGCAUUGUUUGGUGAUUUAAAGAAGAAAGGUCAAUUCGUGGAUGGAAUCACUUAUUCCAUUGUUAUAUUACAUAUCUGUAAAGAAGGAAUGAUUGAUGAAGCUUUGGAAUUGGUAGAAGAGAUGGAAUCAAGAAACUUUGUUGUCGAUUUAGUCACAAUAACUCAUCUUUUAUUAGCUUUUAACAAAGAAGGAAGAAGAGGUUGUGAAGAAAGACUCAUGAAACACAUCAAAAACAGUAAUCUAAUGCCAACUCUUCUUAAAUGGAAAGCUAACAUGGAAUCAUCAAUGAAAGAUCCACAAACCAGAGAAAAAGAUUCCACCUUUAUGUUUCCCAUGAAAGGAGACUUUAAAGAAAUCUUAUCUUUAAUAACACAAAACACAAAUCCUUCAAGAAAACACACCAUUGACAUUAACCCAUGGUCAUCAUCUCCAUACAUGGAUCAUUUAGCUGAUGAAGCAAACUCCAACAAACAAAUAUUAUCAUCAUCAAAAGGGAAACGAGUUCAAGAAAAGGGUAAAAACAUAAAUUCAUUCGAUGUUAACAUGAUGAAUACAUACAUAUCUAUAUAUCUAACAAAAGGAAAACUCAGUUUAGCCUGCAAAUUGUUUGAAAUAUUUACCGAUUUAGGCGUUGAUCCUGUUUCCUACACUUACAAUUCAUUAAUGAGUUCAUUAGUGAAAAAAGGGUAUUUGAAUGAGGCGUAUGGGGUUUUUUCUGAAAUGGGAAACAAGAAGGAUAGUGCUACUGCUGCUGACGUGGCAACCUACAAUAUGAUAUUUCAGGGGUUGGGGAAGAUGGGGCGUGCUGAUCUGGCGAGUGCUGUUUUGAGAAGACUGACAGAUGGAGGUUUUGUUGAUUUGGUGAUGUAUAAUACUUUGAUUAAUGUAUUGGGAAAAGGUGGAAGGUUUGAUGAGGUGAAUAGGGUUUUAGAGGAGAUGAAGAGAAAUGGGAUAAACCCUGAUGUUGUUACUUAUAAUACACUUAUUGAAGUUAAUAGUAAAGCAGGAAGAUUGAAAGAAGCUCAUAAGUUCUUGAAGAUGAUGGUGGAUGCAAAUUGUGCUCCAAAUCAUGUUACUGAUACAACUUUGGAGUUUUUAGAGAAAGAGAUUGAGAAACAGACAAAGAAACAGAAAUCAAAGUGA